GACUUGUUGUAGGUACCGGUGCUCCAUUUGCUAUUAAAGACUUGCCCACCUCGAGUAACUUUUGCAACCGUUUUGCGUUUGCUGUAACCAGCAAGCGCCCUCGACUCUAGCAAGUUCGGCCACCGCUAGAUCUCGACCCGAGUCGCAUGAAGUCUGCAAGUUCAUGAUACCAGCAACAGCUCUUCCUCUGUCGAUGUCCCUUGUCAACGCCUGCAAUAUUCCCAUCACAGUCCUGUUCUCACUCCUCGAAGAUGGCGCCUUACCAGUACCCGCCUCUCGAAAAUGCGACCCACUUCCGAAUCUUGUACAUCGAUCCAUCAGAGGAUUACGAGAAGCAACUCUCAGGAUCACUAGUUCAUGCCGACCUGAGUGAUGAGCCGGUCUUCGAUGCGCUGUCGUAUUACUGGGGAGCACCAGAUCUCUCCCGCCGGAUUCUUAUCGACGGCUGUGAGCUCGCUAUCACUGUCAACCUGGACUUGGCUUUGAAGAGGAUGCGAAGGCGACAAGAGUACUGCCCGCACCUUAGAACUGGACCUAUUCCGAUAUGGGCGGACGGUAUCUGUGUCAAUCAGAAGAAUAUUCCAGAACGCAAUCAUCAGGUGCGGCUGAUGUCGCAGAUCUACAGCAACUGCCGGGAAUGCCUGAUACACCUCGGAGAGGAAGCGGAUGGUAGUGGUGAUAUGGGAUUCAUCGAGAAAACCGUAUGUGACUAUAAUCGAUGGGACCCGAGGCGCAACUUAGCUCAAAGCUUGACCGAAUCAAUUGCCGGCAUCACCAGAGAACCUCUUUCCCAAGAAGAUGAGGAUGGCUGGACGCGCUUUAGGCAUUUGCUGAGUCGCCCAUGGUUUAGGCGGCUAUGGGUGAUUCAGGAGUUCGCAUUGCCUCAGCAAGUCAGGAUGAUAUGCGGAGCCUGGGAAAUGGCUGGCGGGCGAUUCUUUACCUUAAUUUUGACGACAUUCACGCGGAACGCAUCUUCACCCCUUUGGACCGUUGUAUAUUUUGCCGCAGCGGAGAGACCGAUCGAACCGGUUGCUCUUGAUUUUCUUGCCAGUACGAGAAUGAGGCUUGGGCGUAGUCUUGCGCCGUUGUCCAAGGACAUGUCUCCCCGGCCACUGCCCCUGUUCAAUCUACUCAGCGAGACUCGUGCCUUUGAAGCAACAGAUCCUCGGGAUCACUUCUUUGCUUUCCUUAGUCUGGCAACCGACACUAAAGAUAGCAAGCUUGUUGCCGAUUACUCUAAGACUUUGGAAGAAGUAGAGUUAGAGUUCGCGCGACAGCUUGUGGAUGAUGGGUAUGGGCUGGCCAUGCUUAGGCUGGUGAAUUAUGAGCGAGAAAGCCCGCGAACAUACCUAAGCUGGAUACCGGACUGGACUGGGAGGUUUCCGCAGCCAGAUGGCCGUAUAUGGAGGGAUCACAGUCAUAAGCAGCCAGAUCCGAAAACGGUCUGCAUGGCAACCUCAACUGAUGAGCGAACUCUUUUGGUUCAAGGUUGCCAUAUCGAAGUCGUCAAAACUGUGGGCAUGCCCAUCUCCGACGAUUUACAUAGCCUGGGAAGUAUGGAGUGGCUGAACGAGAUAGAGGUAAUGACUGCUGGGUUUACCUCAUAUCCCAGCGGUAUUGACCCCCUUGCGGAAGCGAUAUGGAGAGCCAUUAUAGCUGACAGGUCCUAUGACCAAGUGAGGCCGGCACCAGAGGCAUACGGGUCCAUCUACCGAAAAUAUUGUCAGUCUUCUGGAGAUAAAGAGGGUAUUUUCUUCUUUUUGGCCAUAUUAGCGGCCGGUUCAGUCAGAUUCUGCAUUACGACUGGAGGGUUCUUUGGGCUGGUUCCUAGCUUUGCUGAAGCAGGGGAUGUUAUCAUAACGAUAAAAGGUGAUGAAGAUCAGGCUAUGUAUGCCGUCAGGGCAAGCGUUACGGGCGAGAAUGAGGAUGAUGCGACCUAUACGUGGCUGGGACAUGCCUAUGUCCACGACAUCUGGAAAGUGAAGAAGUACGAGGAACUCGAGUGGAGCCACUUGCGGAUCAAAUAGUUCUUCAGUUGAUGAAAUUAUGGUCAUCAUCGAAACGGUCUCUGGGAUCCCGCUGGCAAUGGCCGUGGCUCUGCUUCCAUUUUUGUCGUGCUUGGUUGAAUAUUUAGAAGGAACGAAAGGUUGCGCGCCUACCAUAGGGGCUGGUUCAAAAAGUCCAGCUGGAGUGUACCUAAGGUAUCUGUCUCAAAUUGAAGAUCGCGCCUGCCUCCACUGUCUGCCAACGAACUCU